CCGGGUGGGCUCCGCUGAGGCUUGGCUACCUGGGGAGGUAGCUGUGCAGGAGAGCGCCAGACACGCUGCUCCCACUCCUGUCUGGGGCAUGUCUGAAGUGGGCUGGCUGACUUGACUGGCUUGGAUCCUUAUCAGUCUGGUGUUGCAGAAGAGAAAAUGGAUGGAAUACUCCACAUGGUCUCACUUGCCUUUCUGAACCACCCUGGCUGAAGCUGAAGCCCGGGUCUGUGUGUACUCAGAGAUCCAUUUGCCCAAGGCUAGGAGCACAGCACUCCCCAUGCCCAGAUCUUGCCAGGGGUGUUUUCCUUCUUCCCCUCUCCAAGUCAGUUUAGUGUCUCUUCCCACAAACCCUCCUCGGCCUCCUGCCCCAAGAGGUCACCCCUUACACACUUCCAAAGCAGGGUUGUCUGAGCCCCUGGUGCUGACAGAAGAGCCCAGGGCUCCAGCCCAGGCUGUGGCCGCAGAUGGUAUCUUCCCAGAGGAGAGGAGGGAAUUGGAGAGGGUGGUGAUGGGUGUUGGGGUGCCAGCGUUGGGUAGCUGGGAGGUAGGAGGAAGAAACCAGCCCACCAUGGCUCUGGAGAAGGAAGAAGUACACCUGCCCACUUCUCACAGCCCAGAUCCUUCUCUAUGCAGGGAAGUGUUAUCUUCUGGGAGCUGCCAUGGUUCAGCCUGGCUUCUGAUCACUGUUCUUUAAUCCUCUGUAUCUGGAAAAAACUCUAGUUGUAGAUCUACGGAAGGACAUAUGAAGGUGAUGGGUGGACCAGGAGGGCCGCCCUGACUGUUAUGGCUUACCAGGGUAACAGUGCCGAUGAUGGUUAGCACUCAGCCAGGGCUGCUGCAUCCCCGAGCAGUUCUUUGAUCACAAACCAUGCAGUGUGAAAUCACGCGGGGUGUUGUACGCCAGGGUUGCUACCGCCUGCUUGAGCAUUCAGCACUUAGGACCACGGGAAACCAAACCAGAAGGGUUUUCCUGGGCACCCUCCACCUGACACCAGCCCUAGGGGCUCCCCUGACUCUCAUGUCCUGCCUCUCUCCUGGAACUCCCCUUCCACUCUGCACUGCACCAGGGAGUGCUUGACUGCCUUGCAGCUCCUCAAACCCUGCUUUAACCAGGGGGGAGGUUCAGGAGUCAUUGCUUUUUUCUCUCUGCCACUUGCCAAAUUCUGAAAUCACGUUGAGCAAGCCCACCCACUUCAGGCCUCACUGAGUCCUGUCUUUCAUUCCUGGGUUAGAGAAACACUGCCUGCAAGGACAGAUCUGUGGAAACACUGGGUCCCUGUGAAUCAGGUGCCCGAGGGCACAUGUGAGCAGAUGCUGAUGAGAUCAGUCCUGCAGGAGCAUCUUUACAACAGAAUGUGUUAUUUUCCAUAAGUGGCUUGUUUAAUGAUCCAAACAGUCAAAUAGCUUUGCUGGUAGGACUUGGGGUUAAAAAAAUGAGGCCUAAUUGCAGCUUUUUUCUUCAGCACCAAUUCAUGAGAAUGCCUGCUCGCUGAUCCCAGGUGACUGAACCUCCCACAAAUGGGUGCUUUGGGUCACAAAGGGGACAGGGUCAAAUCCCUCAGGCAAAGAAUGACUGAGGUGUGUGACUCACUGACCAGGCCGGGACUUCACAGCAUUCAUUCAUUAAACAAACCUGCUGUGUGCCAGGUAUCAUUCUGGGAUGCUGCCCAUGACACAGCCCCUACCCUUGAAGAGCUCGAGGACCUUCGUGGAAAAUCAUUUUGAUACGCACAGGACUUGGGACCUUUAUGUUCAACUCUUUUUUUUUUUAUGUUCAACUCUUUAAAAAAUGGUUCCCAGCCCCAGCUCUCUUAGCAAGGCUUUCUAAUUCAUUAUCUCAUUUAAUCGUACCAUGAGUCAGGCAGGGCAGUAAUACAUGGGAAAGGAGGGUGGGGGUGGGGAUAGUGUGACCUGUCCACCAGGUCCUGUUGCAAAUUGACAGUAGAUCCCAGGCCUCCUGUUAGCCCAAGCUGCUUCUGCUGUCACACUGCAGCCUUCUGCAAGGAUGGGGUGGUACUGUCCUCCUCAGUUUUCGUUCUCUUUCAUUUUAAAAUGAUAAACCUGAGUCACAGGAUAUUUAGGAGGAGGCAUUGUCAUUAAGUCCAAGACAAGACGGUCAGAUUUGUUAUCCUAGUGGGUUACAAUCCAAAAUACUCUGGAGCAUGCUGAGAUUAAGGUGGUUGCCAAGGGAACAGAAAACAGCCAUGAGUAAACAAAUCAAGACUUAAAAGGAUUUAGAUCAGGUCUAUGGCCAGGUAAGUGCAGAGCUUUGUAUCUUGUCCAAGGCCAGGUAAGUGCAGGUCUGCAGUGGGGAUCUGUGGCCACGUGGUCACAGAUGUGGAAACAUCCUGCAAACGCAGCCACGCUGCUUCAUACAGGCAGUGCAGUGGCUGGCAUGGGGAGCCAGGUGAGCUUCAUGAUGUUGGGGCUUCUGGAACUGCCUACGUCAUCCUUGUAUUUCUUUGUUAGGAGCAAGUCUGGAGCUAAGAAAAAUGGUGUAAGUUCUCAGAAAAUGGUUGUUUUUUGGCAAGGGACACGCGCUUCAAGUCAUCCGGUAAGGCGGUCAGCCUCAUUGAGAGGGUUUGGUGUCCCACUGCCCAGCCCCAGGGGAGCUGCCUGACAGAGGGUAGACUGCAGUGACCAGAGGCGGCCGCUCAGCCAUGCAAUAGCACAGGCCCCUCAGGGACUUGGCAGAGGGAAACUGGUGGGAGUGGGGGAUGCUCCUGAAACCUUUUGUUAUUAUUUUUAAGUGGUUUGAAUUUGUUAAAGAAAUAUCUUUGGCCUUUAGGCAGGAGGAGGAGUAUUGGGGCCAAAAAUAGCCUGUUCUCACUAUCACUGUUCUUCCUGGAUUGUGGCAGGGGCAGUGAGAGGGGGACUCCCUUAAGUUAUCCCUUAGGCUAAAAAGAGAACAGCCUCUCGGGUUGACUGGGUUUGGAGGAGGUGUCCUAAACAGGCUGUUCAACAGAGAACUUUUCGUGAUGAUGACAGCGCUCUAUUUCUGUGCUAUCCAGACCAUAGCCACUAGCCACAUACGGCUAUUGAGAAUUUAAAUGUGGCUGGUGCGGCUGAGAAACUGAACUUUAUUCAAUUUUAAUUAAUUUAAAUAGCCCCAGGUAGCUACUGGGCAGCACAGCCCCAGGGAUGAUAGGAUGACACUCCUAUUGAUAAGAAACUAGAAACAUUGUUUCUUUUCCCUCCACCUUCUCCCCUCGGCUCACCACCUAGGUGAGAGCCAGAUAGUUCUGGGGUUCAAUUCUGGCUUUGUCAUUUAAACCAUAGGUCCUUGGGCAAGUAACUUAUGUAAAGCAUGGGGUAUAGUGCCUGGCACACAGCAAUCACUCAAUAAAUGGUAGCUAUUGUUGUUUUAAUAAACUAGAGUGGUUACUUGCAGAGCAAUUGUGCCCAUGGAAAGGGAAAAAAGGGUUUUCCCUUGUUUAGCUUAACCCACACAAAGAAUUAACCAUCCCCAGUGUGAAGCAGGCCUGCUGCAAGUUUAAGGGUUUGAAUUGAUGUCAUAGGUCACAUCCUGGGUUUUAAUUCCAAGGAAAGAGAACUUUGGAGCAGAUGAGGCCUCACGCUGAGCCUCACAUCUUCAUCCAGGUCUCUGCAGAGCCACUCAGCCCUCACAGUUGUGGCUGGGGCGGCAGCUUUGCCUGCACCUCCUCAUUCCUCGCAUUGCAUCAGCACUCCUUCUCCUCCAAACCCUUAGGGCCAUCUUUUCUCUCUGUGCAGACUUAGCUAUCAGAGGUAGCCUGCAGAGGAGCAUACGUUCAUUAAACAGACAUUGACUGAGGACCUAUUAUACGCUGGAUGUGUGGGAUACAGAGACGCUAAAAUAGUCGCUGCCCUUUGAAGUUCAUAACCUGGUGGGGAAAACAAAAGUGUGCUAAAUUCCAAAUCUGGGAUCAGCAUAAGGUGCUUUGGAGAGAGAGAUCAGACUGAUGUCCAGUCCUGGGGAGAUGGGAGAGGCUUUUUAAGGGGGAGAUGGUUGCCCUACUGAGGAAGUCCUGGGGACGCAGCCCCACAGGAGGAACUGGAGGAUGAGGGGAGCAGGGUCUGAAGCUGCCCUGAGGAGGCCCAUGGGGUGAUCUGUUUGUCCACCUGUUGUGCCCCAAAGUGACUACAGUGCAGAGUCUGGGACAGGGUUCACCCGAACUACACGUCUACCCAUGCUCUACAGGAGCCAUGAGCUACGCAUCUACCCACAUGGGAGCCGGGUCUGCUGUUCUCCAGGACGCCUUGGUUGUGGGUGUUCCAGGUCUUUGUUAAGGUCCAGAGUCCAGCUGCCACGUGGACCUGUCAGGAUAGUGGUGAUCCCUGUGCCAGCCACUGCGCUGCCUGUAUGAGGAAGCAUGAAGCAGGGCUGUGUUCGCAGGGUGUUUCCAUAUUGGCACUCCAUCGUGCUCACUGCAGCCCCUAAGAAUGGGGUGAUGGGGAACCUUGGGGGAGACAGGAGGUGGGUGUGUGUGCACGAAACUACAGAAGUCAAGUGCCUAAGCUCAAACCACAGUGGCAGAGCAGAGAAUGGAGGCCUCUGGGAGCCCUUUGGGCCUUGGCUUCCCUGCUGAGACACGGCAGGUUUGAGGUGGUAUUGCCUGUGUCUGUGUCCACCCCCAUCCCCUAGCUGUGUUCUUUUCCUUUCUAUUUUGGUUCAGCUUACCUAGAAAAUGCUGCUAAAAAUAUGGGAGACAUCCUCAGGCAUAUUAUUGAUUUUGCUUUUGAAAAACAUGGUCUUCACCAAGUGUUCCCAUUUCUCUUAUGGUCUGCAGAGGAGAUGAACACUGGGAGCUCUGGCAGGUGACAGCAGGGGCUGGAGAGCAGGGCAGUGUUGAUGUGCUUUGAGUGGAGGCACAGGUGGGGUUGGUCAUGAGCACCUGGGGUGCUGGUGUCAAUGUGUGGGAACUCAACAUCUGCCCUAUGGACUCGUUUGUCUUUCCAGUAUUCCCUUCCUGUUGCCUCUGUUUAAAAUACCAAUUUCCUUGGGACGAGGAACUCCAAAAGUCCCACAUCCAGCAGUGAGGUGUCUCCAGGAGCAGUGAAGGGAUGGGGUGGGGGUUGGGGUAGGAGCAGGUUCUCCAGAGGCCACAAGCGGACGGGUGGGGCCGGUUGGCGCCUGGUGGGGCAGACUGGUUCUCCGAGUGAGCUGUGAAAGCAGGCAGGCCUGGUCUCCCCACCUGGUGUUGGGGGAAGGGGCUGAUUUUACAGCCUAGGGGCUCCCACCUGGAAUUCUCCAGUUCCUAGGCUCCAGAAGGCACAGUGGGCACCUACAGAGCUGCAGAGGGGACCCUCAUGAUAUCGGGAGGCCCGCAUCUCUCAACGCCCUCCAUCAGGGACAGCGCCACCCCAACUGCCACAUCCGCUGUCUGCUGCAAGGAUCCCUGCCUGGGACUUGGAGAGUCACGUUUCUCCACCUGGCAGCUACAAAGAGGCCACAGAGAAAAAAGCCAAUUUAAUGUUCUUCUACCACUUGUGACUUUUAAAAUCACUUUUCCUCUCAGGCCUCUGUUUCUUUGUCUGUCAAAUGUACACCGUCAGGCACGUUCUCACUGGGGCCCAGGUUUUUACUUCCCUGUUGUCACACCCUAUUUAUGUCUGAGGGUCUCAGUCCCAGGGCGGUGCAGUGGAACUCAAGCUGGGUCACGGUGCCGUGUCCCCAUCUGGGCUCUGCUACUUAGAGCUGUGGGUGUUGGAGGAAGCCACUCUGUGUUUCAAUUUUAUUUUCCUAUCUAUAAAAUGGGAUAAUAUUAAUACCCACACAAGCUAUACCCACACAAGCUACGGUGCACAUGGUUAUUGGAAGGUUUCCACGAGAUCAUACAUGGAAAAGGGCUUUGUAAAAGGCAAGUUAUGUCCAACUAAGGGACAUUAUCAUUAAAUGGCAGCUGGAAGCUGUAAUUUGGUUCUGCCCUCUCACGCCCGCUGCUACUUCAGACAUUCUAAGUUGCUCUUCUAUGGGAUAUCUCUGGCUUGACUGCGGGUUCCGUUCUGAGGAGGUGUGGUCAGUAGGGACCAGAUGUCUUCUUCCUUCCCCUCUGGUCACUCUUAGUGAUAUAACCCAGGCCAUAUAGUCAGACAGACUUCAGCAAAACUGUCAGCGAGGGCAGCUCCCCGAUUCGGCCCCUUUGACUGUUGUCUCCAGUCCUGAAACCCUCGCCCCGGGCCGCUCCGCCGCCGGGCUCCGGCGCUCAGUCCAUAUUACUCGCGGAAAGGCCGGCGUCUCCGUCCGACUCUCUUUCCUGGUCGCUGGGGGCGGUUUGUGGGCCUGGCCUUGGGAUUAGGAAAAUAGGGAUGGUGCCUAUUUAGGGAUGAGGCCGAAUGCGGGCCUCAGGGAAUCCCGAAAGGGGGAAUGUCUGGAUCGGCGGAUCGGACGUUCAGGCCCAGGAACCGGCCCCCGCGUGGUCGCCGCUCGGGCGCGGGCGCAGCGCUAGCAGCCCCGUUUUCCGCCAGCCGGGCUGCCGGAGAGUUAGACCUCCCAGCCUCACGGGGCUGCUGUGCGGCUGCAGCGACGCCGGCGACUGCGGCGCUGCAGCGGAGACGGAGGGCUCGGGAGGCGGCGCCAUGUGAGUCCGCGCGGGGCCGCGCUGGGGCCGCGGCGAGAGGUUACCGUAUUUACCGAGGCCAGAGCCGGACCCUCGAGGGCGGGUCACUGCGGGCGCGCUACCGUAUUUGCUGGGUCCCGCGCAGGUCCUUUCCGGGAGUGGGAGCGCCGCGACUUAAUUACGGACUGGUGAUUGCAGCUGGAAGUGCCCAUGACCGAGCUGGCGUCCUCCGGGGGCGGGUCCCCUGCGGGGGACGGGGAGGAGGGUCUGGGGGACGAGCGAGGCCUGGUCAUCCACCACCCUGCGGAGGAGCAGCCGUACCGCUGCCUGCUGUGCGGCCAGACCUUCUCGCAGCAGCCCAGCCUGGUGCGGCACCAGAAGGCACACGCCGGGUCGGGCCGCGCGGCUGCCUUCGUGUGCCCCGAGUGCGGCAAGGCCUUCAGCGUCAAGCACAACCUCGAGGUGCACCAGCGCACGCACACCGGGGAGCGGCCCUUUCCCUGCCCCGAGUGCGGCCGCUGCUUCAGUCUCAAGCAGAACCUGCUCACGCACCAGCGUAUCCACAGCGGCGAGAAGCCGCACCAGUGCGCGCAGUGCGGCCGCUGCUUCCGCGAGUCGCGCUUCCUGCUCAACCACCAGCGCACCCACGCGCGCAUGCCCGCGCCCCACCCGCGCCGCCCCGGGGUUUUCGGGGAGCGGCGGCCCUACUUCUGCCCCCGCUGCGGCAAGAGCUUCGCACGCGAGGGCUCACUCAAGACCCAUCAGCGCAGCCACGGCCACGGGUCCGAGGGCCAGGCGGCCCACUUAGGACGCGUGCUAUGAUGCGCCCGGGGCCUGCUGCCAACUGCUGCUUCCUGCCCCGCACGUGCGUCCCCGACCCCUGGAGAUGGCCCUGGGCCGCAGCUCCCUCUCUGGAUGGGAUCCCGGGAGAGGGGCAGCGUUGGCUUGGGCUCUUGAAGGUGUGGGCCGCCGCCAGGCUCCGGCUGCCCCCUUGCGUUCCUCCCUCGGGACCGUCUGGCUGGCUGCGCGUAGCUGCUUCGGUCUCCUGCCAUGGUUCUCCUUCUCUGGCCCAUCCGGCCUAGAGCAGAAUGUCAGAGUUGAAAGAGACUUGGAGAGGGCCACUUUCCACAAUCCCCACGCCCAACCUCAGCCCCCAGGCCUCCUGGCUCCUGUACACACCCUCUGCUGUCCUUGAGAUGUCAUUUCACUUCAUGUUUCAGUUUGCUCAUCUAUGCGGAGUGGGCAGGAUCCUAUGACCCGAUAGCUGCAGGACCCAUCUGGACAUGGAGACCAGGAAUGGGGUGCUGUGGGGGCCUGGCUGGCACUGCACCUGGGCAUGAGGGCACAUCCAGUAAGAAGACCUGCCUCAAGAGGUGCACUGCGGUGCCCAGUGGAGGUGACUGGUUGGAGACUGGAAUUGGUGGCACAUUCCAAGCUCUGGUGGACAGAUUCCCCAGGCCUGGUGGGAAUCGCAGCUGGGGCAGACCUCAUCCUGGCUGCCUGGCCACAGGCCCCACUGUCUGCCACUGGUGGUAGGAUGUUGCUUGUGUGGAGAGCUGGCUUCUCUGCUCCCACCUGGUCCACCACUUGGCUAGAGUUCGGAGACAGGAAGUGACUGGUCUAAGCUAACACGGCAAGUUGGUGGCCGACCUGGUUCUAGAGGCAAAACCUUCUGCCAGAUGUGAAUGAAACCUGCAGGCUUCAUUUUCCUUUCUGAGCAGUGCUUCUUAGCACUUUGGAGACAUGAAGCCCUCGGAAAAUCUGAUGAAGGUUAUGGACCUUCCCUAGGAAAACAGGUAACUGACAUAGACUCAAAAACCCCAGGCAAUUUCAGGAGCCACUGGACUCCCUGAAUGAAACCCAUCCCUGGACUCCUCAGCCCUGACUUCACCUGCUGCCCGUUCCUUACCUGUCACACAUUGAGCCCCGAGUCAAGGCCACUGUACAAGUAGUGCCCUCCCUCCCCCUGGCCAAGCCUCCUUCCCUUGUUCAGGAAUAAAGAAUUCCGAGGAGGAGACCUUUUUAGUCAGUCCCUUCUCCCAGACCUAAAGAAUGAUGCAUCAGGUUUCUGGAACCUCAUUUCCCUUCCCCAGACAUUGGCAGAGGUCCCUUGGGCUAGAUUUUCUCUUCUGGUUUUGUGUUUCUUGUUUUGCCUGACUGGCCGCUGGCUUCCACAAAGGAGCCCUUUGCUCCUGGCCUGGGCUCUGAUUUCACUGUGUGGUCUCAGGGGAAGCUGGACUGCUGUGGAUGCUGGUGGGAGUUUGAGUUUGGCCUGAGUCUGCCCCAGGGAGAAAGAAUCCUGCUUCCACCAACCAAGCCCAGUCAGCGGUGCCUCCCAGCUGGCCAAGUGUUCAGCCCCGUGGGCUGGGGAGGAAGAGGAUGAGGGCCUCGCUCCUGGUGCCUGUGGCUCUGGGCAGGGGGAGAGGUCGGUGGAGGAGCUUUCUGUGUGUUCUCUGAGCGUGCAGCAGUGCAGUUGAAGGGAACAGGGCCCAGGCUGGCAGCAGGGAGAGGACUCCUCCCAUCUUCACACCUGAACCAGUCAGCCUGGAAGCCACAAGUUCUCACUUGCUUCCCCAGAAUGAACAUCAGAAAAGGCAAAACUGACCAGGGCUGGGCUGGGUUUGGGUCAGGGUGGUUGGAGGGCAGCCUGUGGAUUCCUGCACUGGAGUCUUGCUGUCUUCGAUGCCGUUUGGAUCAUACAUUCUUACAUCCUACUGUAUGCCUCGCCCUGGAAUAGCGGAACGCUCAGGGGGAGAUCCGAGAAUGAGAAGGUGCUCCCAGCCCCAGGAGCUUCCAAUCUGGCUCUGAUCCUUGGCUGACCUAGAGGAAACCUCCACCCACACUCCUUCUCUGCUAAUGGUGCAGUUUGUGUCCCCCCUGCCCAUCACUGCUGUGCUCAUUCCUGCCCGUGCCUUCCCCUGUAUUGCUCGGACAUGUCCCCUUUCCUCUUCUCUACCCAGCUAAACCCUUCUGAUCCACGGGGCCCGGCUUCCCAAACAACCCAGCCCACAUUCCUCCUUCCCUCUCCGAACAGGCCCUGUGUGAGCCCCCGCCCCCACACUGCGUGCUGUCCCACAGAUGCUCCAGUCUCCUGUGUGUGUGUUUUGAGUCCCCAACUAGACAGUGAGCUCCCUGAGGGCAAGGGACUGUCAUUUCCUCUUGAGCCCUACCAGGAUCUAGCACCGAACUGGGCUUCUAACUCUCAGGAAACACUUGUCGACUGCCUCAAGCGCCGGAGCUUGUCGGUGGCCGGUAAUGGGCAGUGCACGUGGGGAGAGGGUAUGUGAGUUAACUCGAGGGUGCCUUUUAUUGGGCUGUGGGCUGGCUCCCCUGGGUCAAAAGUGGAUGUCGGAGGCCUCAGGCUCUUAUCUCAUUGGGGCAGUGGGAGCAUCAGGGACCCCUCCCCUCGGCUCUGCAGGAGUGCACAGAAGUGGUCGUCCAGCCUGGAUAUUUCUACAGGUCGCUGACACCUGCGGGAGCUGACUGAGUGAAAUAAAUGUUCUCUCGACAUCA